GGCCAAUGAGCGGCGGCGGGAGGUGAAAUCCGGUUCUAACCGGUCCGGGGCUCCCAGCGCUAUAAAAACUUUAUAAACCCCCCGGAGCCCUAGCAGUGUGAGGAGACGAGAUCGACCCCCGGACCGAGUGAGGCCCGCGCGCUGCUGCAUCCCUGCGUCCCGCCCGGACGUCCCGCCGCCGUCGCCAUCAUGCCCAAGAGAAAGGCUGAAGGGGAUGCUAAAGGAGAUAAAGCCAAGGUGAAGGACGAACCACAGAGAAGAUCUGCCAGGUUAUCAGCUAAACCUGCUCCUCCAAAGCCAGAGCCCAAGCCUAAAAAGGCCCCUGCAAAGAAGGGAGAGAAGGUACCAAAAGGGAAAAAGGGGAAAGCUGAUGCUGGCAAAGAUGGGAAUAAUCCUGCAGAAAAUGGAGAUGCCAAAACAGACCAGGCACAGAAAGCUGAAGGUGCUGGAGAUGCCAAGUGAAGUGUGUGCAUUUUUGAUAACUGUGUAUUUCUGGUGACUGUACAGUUUGAAAUACUAUUUUUUAUCAAGUUUUAUAAAAAUGCAGAAUUUUGUUUUACUUUUUUUUUUUUUUUUUUUUUUUUUAAGCUAUGUUGUUAGCGCACAGAACACUUCAUUGUUAUUUUUGGGGGGAAGGACACAUAGUACUAAUAGAAUGUCUCCAAAGCUGGACUGACAUGGGGGGGAAUACCCUUCCCUUCUAGUUUUGAGAAACUUCCUCUUGGUUCCCGGGAGGAGGGAUCUCUUGAUGUUGACACACAUUAGCCAUCUUGGCACAAACACUUUGUCGUGUGGAAAAACUAAAAUUCGUUUUUAUGUCCUUUUCUCCCUCUCCACUUUAAGCAUAGACUUUGCCUGUCUUAAGCCCAGAGACCUAUGGGACCUGACCCCAAAAAAUUGAUUUCCAGUAUGUUGUGCAGCCUGGACUGUCCAGUGUCACCACUGAGAUGGCAUUCCUCAAAAGAGCGGCAGUUCCUUUUUAGAUUGUGGAUCUACAGAUUGAUCUUCUCGGCUAUUUUCAUUUCAUUUCCUGAAAGUCAGGGUCGGCUUGUGAAAAGUUGUCAAACAACAUGCUUAAUGUGAAAUGUCAACCCUCACUCUAAACUUCCGCUGUUCAGAGCAUCAGAUGAAGACUUCAUUGGGUUUUAUAGUGGCUUUCUGGUUUUGGUAGUUCAUUGAAGAAGGGAGUUUGAAAAUUGUUGUAUACUGUUAACGAUUGUCUGCCCAUGUCCUGCCUGAAAUACCAUGAUUGUUUAUUAAAAGUAUCUUUAAUAAAGCUGGAUACAGUUUGGCUUGGAA